AUGUCUGGAACCCUCAUAAUACCGGGAGACACUAUCGAACUCGGUACCGAGUCCGGUGAAACCUCUAUUGGCCCCGGUAUCACCACCAACCCAAAGGAUCAAUCCAUCGUUUAUCCCUCUACAGCAGGCCUGCUAAAGAGCAUAUCAAAGAGGAACAAAACCAUUGCAUAUAUAGAACACAACACCAAGAGGUAUAUCCCGACCAUACACGAUUACGUGGUGGGUGUGGUGAUAACGGUAUUUGGAGAUGGCUACAGAGUUUCCCUAGCCAACUACUCGCAACCGGUUGUGCUUUCAGCCUUGGGAUUCCCAAACGCCACGAAAAAGAACAGACCCCACCUCAAGGUUGGUGAUGUGGUCUAUGCAAUCGUUUCUUUGGUUGAUCGCGACGUUGAAGUUGAGAUUGAGUGUAUAGAUCCCGUGACCGGAAAAGAGGGCGGUUUUGGCCAGCUGAAUGGCGGUACACUGUUUGAUGUCAAACUCGCUUAUGCCAGAUACCUACUAUUUAAUUCUAAUGCGGAGAUUCUGGAAGCAAUAGUUAACAAGUGCCAGUUUGAGAUUGCUAUAGGAUCGAAUGGUAAGAUAUGGAUCAACACCGAGAACGUCAAGACCACUGUUGCUGCUAUGAAUGCAAUUGUGGAGUCUCAGCAGUGGAAAAAAGAGGAGAUUGUGAAAAAUGUGAAUAAGAUCUUUAAGGAUGUUUUAUGA